GAGCUAAAGAGACUGCGCUCACAAUCAGUAAGAGGUGGGCAGAGGGCGCGAGAGGUGGGCAGAGUCGUUGCGUUUCGCCGGCCCGGAAGGGGACCUGCGCUCUUGAGUUGACCAGGGACUGAGCAUUUCAGAUCUGCUUGGUAAACCUGGUGCACCACCAUGCUGGCCGCAAGACUUGUGUGUCUCCGGACACUACCUUCCAGGGUUUUCCACCCAGCUCUCACCAAGGCCUCCCCUGUUGUGAAGAAUUCCAUCACGAAAAAUCAGUGGCUCUUACCACCCAGCAGGGAAUAUGCCACCAAGACAAGACUUGGAAUUCGGCGUGGGAAAACUAGCCAAGAACUCAAGGAGGCAGCUUUGGAGCCAUCAUUGGAAAAAAUAUUUAAAAUUGAUCAGAUGGGAAGAUGGUUUAUUGCUGGAGGGGCUGCUGUUGGUCUUGGAGCUUUGUGCUACUAUGGCUUGGGAAUGUCUAAUGAGAUUGGAGCUCUUGAAAAAGCCGUAAUUUGGCCUCAGUAUGUGAAGGAUAGAAUUCAUACCACCUAUAUGUACUUAGCAGGAAGUAUCGGCAUAACAGCUUUGUCUGCCCUGGCAGUGAAUAGAACUCCUGCCCUCAUGAACUUCAUGAUGAGAGGCUCUUGGGUGACAAUUGGUGCAACCUUUGCAGCCAUGAUUGGAGCUGGAAUGCUGGUCCAGUCGAUAUCAUAUGACCAGAGCCCAGGCCCAAAGCAUCUUGCUUGGUUACUACAUUCUGGUGUGAUGGGUGCAGUGGUGGCUCCUCUGACGAUAUUAGGGGGGCCUCUUCUCAUCAGAGCUGCAUGGUACACAGCUGGUGUUGUGGGAGGCCUCUCCACUGUGGCCAUGUGUGCACCCAGUGAGAAGUUUUUGAACAUGGGAGCACCCCUGGGCGUGGGCCUGGGCGUCGUCUUUGUGUCCUCACUAGGAUCUAUGUUUCUUCCACCUACCACUGUGGCUGGCGCCACUCUGUACUCAGUGGCAGUUUAUGGUGGAUUAGUUCUUUUCAGCAUGUUUCUUCUGUAUGAUACACAGAAAGUAAUCAAGCGUGCAGAAGUAGUACCAGUGUAUGGAGUUCAAAAAUACGAUCCCAUCAAUUCGAUGCUGGGAAUCUACAUGGAUACAUUAAACAUAUUUAUGCGAAUUGCCAGUAUUCUAGCAACUGGAGGCAACAGAAAGAAAUGAAGUGACUCAGCUUCUGACUUCCUUAAUACAUCAGAUAUCUGGCUUGUUUAAUAGGGGCAGAUAUUCUUUAAAUAGUUUGUGCAAGCAGCUUUCGUUGAAGUUUAGAAGAUAAGAACUUGUCAACAUGUUUCAGGUGUUCCAGUAAUGUGAUGCUUCAGGUCUGCUUUUUCUUCUGGAGAAUAAAUUCAGUAGUUCUCUUCCAGAUA